AUGGGACGUGAGGAGCAUGGAAGGGACUUGGCAUGCAGCUCAACUGGAUACGCAAAGGAAGAAGGAGGAAGCCAUCUUGAAGACCAGCUCGACCAUCUACUCGACCAACCGGUCGAGUUCCUCAACUCGACCGGCCAAGCUUCAACUCGAUCGAGCUGGAAGUCAAAGUCAAACCCGAAAAAUGUUGCUUCCCCCUUGACUUUCUUUGACCCUAAACCUAAAUCCUCUUGCGAUUCUCCACAUGGAAGUGAUGGAAAUCGCUGGAAAAAUCCACUAAGAGCUCCAAUAACUCUUGCUCUCGAAAUGGAGUUCAUAGGGGUUGGAUGGAUUAGUUUGGGCAAUGAUCCUAUGGCCUCCAAGGAUGCUCUGGUAUCUGCCCCAAUAGUUCAAGCUCCAAACUGGGAUUACCCAUUCGAGAUUAUGUGUGAUGCAUCUUAUUAUGCAGUAGGAGCAGUGCUUGGCCAAAAGAUAGACAAGAAACUCAAUGUCAUUUACUAUGCAAGCAAGACUAUGGACGAUGCUCAAUGCAAAUAUGCAACCACAGAGAAGGAGCUCCUUGCCAUCGUCUUUGCCUUUGAGAAAUUUCAAAGCUAUAUAGUUGGGUCCAAGGUGAUUGUGCACACUGACCAUGCUGCCCUUAGGCACAUCUUUGCUAAGCCACACCUUCAACCUAGCCUUUUCAUUUCAAACCCCAUUUUAUCUCUUGUGCGAUUGUGA